GAGAGGACACAGGUCCUGUUUGCGGGUUGAGUAGAAGGAAGCAGGGAAGCUAAAUAAGAGGGCGGCAGCUGGUCUGAGAUCAGCAAAAGAUCAGUCGUGGAACAUUUUGACAGGUUUUAGAUGAGAAAGAGAGGGCAGGAGUAGAGGACAAGGGGAAUUUACCCUGUGCAGGAACUCUCACUAUCACAGGUGGAUGCAUGGACUUAGGGCUCACAGAGGCAUUGUGGGAAUGGAAGUCAAGGACAAGGUGGCCCAACGGUGGGAGGCUAUAGCUGCCAAAAAGAAGACAGGCACAUGCCUCAACUUAGUGCCAGGGGUUUCUCAGCACCUGCGGGAUGAACAGGAAGCAGUACAGAAGAGGACUUUCACUAAAUGGAUCAACUCUCAUCUGGCAAAGCGUAAUCCGCCUUUGGUGGUGUCAGAUCUCUUUGAAGAUGUAAAAGAUGGAGUGAUGCUCCUAGCUCUUCUUGAAGUUCUUUCUGGUCACAAACUGCCGUGCGAGCAGGGCCGCAAGCUGCGGAGAAUCCACUGGGUUGCUAACGUAGGAAGAGCCCUCAAGUUUCUGGAGGGCAGGAGGUCGGCCUACAGGGGAUCACCGAUUAAACUGGUUAACAUCAACACAACGGAUGUUGUCGAUGGUAGACCGUCUAUUGUGCUGGGGUUGAUUUGGACCAUAAUCUUAUAUUUCCAGAUCGAGGAGUUGACUAGUCAUCUGCCAGCUCUGCAGCCUCAGUCCAGCAGCAACUCUUCAGUGGACAGCUCCAACAGCACUGAAACCAGCAGCCCACCUGUCAAACGCAAGCCCCGCCUCUCCUUUCAGGGCGGGGCCAAGAGAGCCCUGCUCAAGUGGGUCCAGACCACAGCAACAAAGCGAUUGGGUUUGGACGUGAGGGAUUUUGGCCCCAGUUGGCGCACAGGGGUGGCUUUUCUUGCUGUUAUCUUUGCUUUGCGACCCCAUCUGGUUAAUAUGGAACGGGCUUGGAGGAGACCCAACAGGGUUAACCUGGAGGAGGCCUUCCUAUUGGCGGAGAGAGAACUGGGCAUUCCAAGGCUUCUUGACCCUGAAGAUGUGGAUGUGGAUAAACCAGAUGAAAAGUCCAUUAUGACGUAUGUGGCACAGUUCCUGAAACAUCACCCAGACCACAAAGAGACCGAGAGUGGACGACAACAAGUCGAGUUUGUUCUUGCUCCCCGAGCCAUUGAAGAAAUGUUAGAGAGGGAGCAGCGCAAGACACUGAGGGAGCUGAAAGCUUGGAUCGAUCAGUUGGAGAGAGACUGUGCUCAAGCCCAGAGGGAUGGGGGAAGUGUUGGUGUACAGUAUCAGAUGUUCAAACGUUACCGUGUACAGUUUGAGGUGCAGAGACGAGAGGUGGAGACGUGCGUUCAAUCCACUCAGAAGGAUGGCAAGCUGACUGCGGAUCAGGCUCUGGUCAAACAAGCUUGGGAAAGACUGUCUGCGAGGCUUUCGGAUUGGCAUCUACAGCUGGAUAGCGGUUUUCCAGAUCCUCUUAGCAAGAUCGGUGUGUGGUUACAUCAGGUGGAGAAGAUCCUUCGAGAGGAGCUGGUCCCUCAACAAGCCCAUGAUGAGACGGCCAAAGCCAUUCACAAAAAGCGCUUACACGACCAGGAGAUCUUAAGGCUUGUUGAAAGACACAAGAAGACUUUACAGAGAGACAGAUGUGUCAAUAAUGUCCCCAUUCCAACAGAACAACUGCAAGAUAUGGCAGAGAGAUUGAACUACAUAUCUACCUCCUCGCAUGUUCACUUGAGCAAACUGGAAUUCUGGGAGUCAAAAUAUCGCAUGCUGGCAUUUUUGACAUUAUCCGAGUCUAAGCUGAAAUCCUGGAUCAUUAAAUAUGGCCGACUCGAGUCAAUGGAGCUUCUGCUGCAAAGCUACGGUUCAUUUGUGAAGGGACAGCAGUUCUUUGAGAAGUAUGAAUCUAGCCAUCAGGCUCUGCUAAAAGCUGCUGAGCUUUACAUUAAAGCAGACAACUCAGUUGAGGAUGGAGUAAAAUUCUUCCUGCGAGAGGUGUCUGAUCAGUGGAGGAGUUUGUCUGUGGAGGUGCGAAGCGUGAGGUCCAUGCUGGAAGAGGUCCAGUGUAACUGGUUACGAUACAACAGCUCCGUGGCUUCACUUCAGGCAUGGCUGGAGGACGCCCAGACUGCUCUCAGGCAACCUGAAAACACCAAACGGGAGUUUUUCCGAAACCUUCCACACUGGAUGGACCAGCAUGCUGCUAUGAACGACGCUGGGAACUUUCUGAUCGAGACGUGUGAUGAAACGGUGACGCGUGACGUGAAGCAUCAGCUUCUGCUGCUGAACGGAAGAUGGAGGGAGAUGUUUCUGAUAGUCGGACAGUAUGCCCGCCUGCCUGAGACUCAAAACGUGAGAGCACACCAGGAUAUCACCUCAGCCUUACAAGAAUUUCUGGACGCUUCUAUGAACAAACUUACCUCACCACUUCAAGUGUCAUUGCUGGAUGUCAAAGCCUUUAUGCUGGAUGUUGAGGACAUCAAACUCAGGCUACCCGCUAUGGAAGCACAAUAUAAGGUUGCGGCUCGGUCCGCCCAGCUCCUGGCCAUUGAAUCUGUUCAGGGUAGUGGAACUCUCUCUACUACAACAGCGAUCGAAACACAACUCCAUCAGCUGAAAGAAAAGUGUCCUUCAAUUCUGAAGGAGUGCCAGAAUCUGUUUCCUCUUUUAGAAGAGCUAGAGAACCAAAUCUCUGCUUUCUACCAGACAGCGGAGCUCGCUGGACACAUCAUCACCCAACAGCACAACCAGCAAAUGUGCCAGGAGCUGCAAACACAGCAGCAAAACUGUAAGCACUGUGUUUGUGCUAUGGAGCGCAGUUUCCUGUCCCUGCAGAGGGUGCUGUGUGGUUCAAAAUCCCUACACAAUUUUGACGUGUCUGUUCUGCAGAACAGAGUCACUGAGAUACAGACCACUGCGGAGGCUCUAAUGCAGGAGGCUUCAGAUUGGAGGCAGGUGGCCGAGACCGGUGGCAACCUCAUGCGGAGGUUUGAGGAGUCUCGUGCUGACCUCGAGAAAGCCUUGCGGGUGGGCCAGGCCUGUCUGAAAGAAAGAGGAGACCCGGACGAGCUGUUUCGCAAGCAUGACGAGUUCUUCGGCCGUCUGGACCAACACAUUUUGAGUGCUUAUUUAAAAGCGUGCGAUGACCUCACUGACAUCAUCUCUGAUGAAGACCAGAAGAGUCUGCGGGAGACGGUUAGAAGACUGCACAAGCAGUGGAAGGACAUUCAAGCCGAGGCCCCGUCCCACCUGCUCAGACUCCAGGUGGAAAUAGAGAGACGUUUGGUGAUGGCUACGUUACAGGAGUGCAGUGUAGAGCUAAAAAGAGAAGAUAAAGCCCUGCUCACUGCUGGAAGUGAGAGACUGAUCAAAGAACACAGGACAUUUUUCGGAGAGAAAAACCCUCUAUUUGAAUGUGAGAAAAAACUUAAGACAAUGGAGCAGCUCUGUCAGGAUCUUCCUGAAAAUGACGCAGGUUAUCAAACACUUGAAGAGACCAGACAUCAUCUCGGAGAGGUCAGGAGUUUGGUAGAGAGAACACACCUGAGACUCCAAAAACAUCCAGAUAAAUGGAGAGAGUGGCACAUCAGGUUCAGUGAGCUGUCUGGAUGGCUUCUCUCCCAGCAGGCAUUGCAGGUUGAUGCUGAAAUCUCCACUGUCCAAAUGGAGCGGCAGGCGGUGAAGGCUCAGGGUGAGAUUCUGGGCUGGCUCAGAGCUCGUCUCGCUGUGCUGGAAGAGAUAAGUCCUGAGAGGGAAGUUCACACAAACAGAGCUGCUCUUGAGAAACUCGCACUAGAGUUUUCUACACUGCUACUCUGUCAGUCUGAGGAUGGUACUGUUGCCGUGCCCACUGAGAAGAGCACAAAGACUGAAGAGGAGGUGCUUUAUGAAGUGGAGGGGAUCCACACGCAGCAGCACCGAAAAAUACUGAUGGCAGAAAACGUCACGGAGGCCAAACAGAUGCUCCUCAUUCACCAGCAAAAUCUGAAGUCCCAAUAUGCAAAUGAGAAGGAUGUUCAGGAGAAACACCUGGAGGUGACUGUAAGUGCAUGGCAGGACUUUGAACAGGAAAGGAAGGCCAUCUGGAAGUUUGUGUUUGAUGUCAGUGUUGUCCUGGAGAGGGAGCGUAUAUUUAGUAGCUUGGAGAGCCUCGCUACUGAACUUAGCAAUGUGAAAGAUCUUCAUGAGCAGGGUAAAAAGUUUGCUGCACGGGCCGAGUCACUGGAAAAGUCUUCACUGGACAUAAGGCUUGGACCUCAGAAUCAGUCCUUACUGCAGGACCAAGCCUAUUCCACACAAGAAAGAGUUCAAGAGAUACAGGCCAGCCUCAAGAAAAUCACAUUAGAUCUGGAGCUGAUGCACAAGUGGUGGCAAAGUUUCAGCUGUGAGUCUGAGGCUUUCUUCUCUUGGAUCUGUGAUAGUAAGAGGGAUCUUGAAGAUGUGAGCAGAACCUUUGCUAAUCUGGAUGAGCAGAUUCACGCUGUGGAGAUGUCGAGGAAGAGCUUAGAGGAGAAGGUGGUAGUCUUUUGCCGACUGAAGACAGAGUUUCAGACUUUAAUGCAUUUCAUCAUGCCAAACGAAGCUGGUCGAAUUAAAGCUCGCUUCAAGCAGAUUGGGAGAUACCAGGAAGAGUUUAAGUGCAGCGUUGAGCAACGAGAGGCGGAGCUACAAUCCAGCUUGAGAAAUACAAAACAAUUUACCCAAGAUCUCAAUGAGGUUGAAGGUUUGAUGACAGGACUACAAGAAAAACUGAAUGUGCCGAUAACUUCCUGUACAUCAGCGUCAAGAACAUAUAAAACUCUCCAUGAACAUAUGGACGUAAUGCAGCUUCUGCAGCAGCUGGGACCCAGGUUGAUGUCUCUGAAUCUGGGCUGGAGGAGACUGAUGUCUGAUGAAGGCCAGCUGGAGAGAGCUGUGGCUGAGCUUCAGCAAGCUCACAAAUUACAUACCCAGCAGGCCACUGAAAAACAAUCAAAACUAGAAAACCUGUUGACUCUGUGGCAGAGGUAUGAGAGAGAUCUAUUGCUUCUGCAGUCCUGGUUGAACAGAUGUGAAACUCUAUGCAGUUCAGAUUGUCUCUACUUGAGCGCAGACAUAGGGAACCUUAACAGCCAACUUCAGACACUGCAGGACAUGCAGUCAGAAGUUCCCUUUCAAGAGUCUUUGUUGGAAAGUCUGGAGACCCGGGCCGAGUCUCUGUACUCCUCAUGUUUAGAAGAACGAGUCACAGAAAUCGGAGAUCUCCACUGUAACCUGGAGGAGAGGUGGUGUUCUCUCAGUACCAACAUACCAGUCAGGAUUCAUGAGCUCCAGUCUCAUCUCGCUCAGUUGGAGCAGUUCAGUCAUUCUCUGCUUGCUUUGACUCAGUGGAGUGAGAACUUCCUCAGACACAUUCAAAGCACCUGCACAGUCAGCAUCAUCGAUCUGAACUCCAAAAUCAAGGAGGACAUGGCCUCUCUCAAAACCCAAGAAAAAUCAAUAGAGGCUUUGCAGCCUCAUAUAGAUGCCCUCAACCCAUCUUUAGCCCCAAAAGACCUACAGCACCUCCAGACCAAGAAGGAUGUCUGCUAUCAACUCUUCAAUGAAGCUCAGAGCUUAGUAGACCAUCGAGAUGAUGCUCUACUCAAACUCAAAGCUUUCUAUGAGACCUAUAAUGAAUCCAAAAUCUCUCUUCGGACAUUUCACGAAGCAGUUGAAGGAAAAGAAAGCUGGGAUAGUUCUAAAAUCAAUGAUGUAAAUCAGGAACUGGGGGAACUGGCUAAGGAGUUAGCAUCUCUAGAGGUGCAGGCCAUCAGUUUGGACAUUAACCUGAACAAGGCACACUUACAUCUGCAGGGGGUCGAGGGGGAAAGAACAGCCUGCAGAGAACUGGUGGAAUAUAUUGCGUCGAGUCUGCAGGUGCUACAGAGGAGCAUUGGGACGAAGCAGAGCGAAGCAGAGGCACUGGCGACCUUGUGGAGCUCCUUUCGGGGACGGAAGGAGCUGCUACUCGGGAGUCUGGCAAAGUUGGAGGACAGAGUUAAUAUACCAUGGCCUGCAGAAGCCAGCACACAGACCUUUCAGCAGAGGUUAUGGAUGCUCAAGCAGUUGGAGGAGGAGCUACAGGCCCUACAGCACAGUCAACUGUGGUUGUGGGAAAGAGGAGAACAACUGAUCCACAGAGACUCUGAGCUGGCAGGGGAAGCCCAACGGGAUGUAGCCUUGGUCCAGUCCACCUGGAAGAGAAUCAGGGGGAUUAUUGUGGAGGCCCAUGACCUGUCUGCAGUGCUGCUGGAUGUCCUUAGGGAAUACCAGACUUCAAGAACCAAGAUCAGCUCUGUCAUAGAGAGAGCUCAUGCCAUCACCGUGGCCCAGUCAGACCCACACAACCCCGAUGACAUCCGCAGAGCUCUGUUACGGCUGGAAGCAGUGAAGCCAGAGUUGGCGGCCACUAAGGAGGACCUGAAUCAGCUCAUUGGUACAGGCAAACGCUUCACUAGUCUGUUAAAGAAGGUUCCAGAGGAAAACCUGAGUGAAAAUAUCACCGGAGAGAUGGAUAACAUUGUAGAUCAGUGGCUAACUAUCUCUGAGAAGACGGAUUCAGACAUCAGUCUGUUGACUCGCUCUUUUGAGCUGUGGAACGACAUUAAUAAAAUGGCCAAUGACAUUGAGUGUUGGAGUGCCGUCUCCUUGAGCGAACUCGGUGAGGGAACUGCCAGACUCCUCUCCACGCAAAACAUGGAGGAGCACCUCACUGACUUUAAGCUGGAGUUGGAUAUUAAGGAGGAUGAAUUGAAGAUCUUGGAGGAGAAGAUAACAGAACUACAGGAACUGAUGAAUGCCCAGCACAUACACACUGAGCUACAGGUGCUGGCUGCGGACCUGAAAAAGCAGAUUUGCCAUGCGACAGACGUGUAUGAACAGACCAGAGGCAUGCAUAAAGAUUUCAGCUCUCAGACACAGCAGCUCCAGGAUCUCAUCACCCAGAUAUCAGAACAGCUGAAGACCUCAGAGAACACGCUGUCAGAGUUUUCAACGUCCUCUGACCCUGAGAUUUUGGAUAAGAUUAGGGAGGUUGAGAGGUCCCAGAAACAGUUGGAGGUGAGUCUGGAUGUAGCAGGUGAAUCUUUGAGGGCCUUGUGUAGAACCUACCCAACUCAACACCUGACCCUGUUGGGUGAAGCUGUGUCCCACUUGGUAAAGAGAAAUGAGGAAGUGACACAACACCGCAGGCAGAUUCUGGGGUCCCUUCAGGACACUCUGCUGCAGAGAUUUACCGAGAAAACACAAUCCUUCCACUGCUGGCUGUCUGAGCUGAAGCCAGGGAUAGAGGACUGUUUUGAGCAAACAGGCGAUGCUCUGUCCAUUUCUUUCAAACAACAGAAGCUCAAGAUUGCCCUAGAGGAAGCCAUGGAGGGUGAGGAGCGCUUGGCCAGGGUGUGUGAGGAAGGAGAGAGACUCCUGUUGCAUUUGACUAAAGGUGGGACUGGAGGUGUACAAGAGCAACUGGAUUCUUGUCAACAUGCCUUGGACACAUUUGUUGUGGAAUGCAGACAGCGCUUGCGGUCGUUGGAUGAAAGUGCCAAGCUAUUGAAUGGGUAUGAGACACGUGUGGUGGAUCUGAAACACUGGCUCCAACAGCUGGAGGAGAGACUGAAGACAGAUGCUCCUCUGUGGGGUGAGAGUGAGCCAGAAGCACCUGACUGCUCUGAAGAGCUGAGAAGAGUGGAGGAAAUCCACAGAGAGCUCCUGAUGAGGAGGCCGUCUCUUGAACGUCUAUGUCAGUCGUCUCUCACCCUGACAGAGGCAGGAUCUAGAUCACAUGAUCAUGUAGCAGCGGAGUUGCUCUCCAGCCAUGAGACGUUGCUCCAGGGGGCCAGGAGUCGAAUCCGCUGCCUACAGGACUACCAGGCGUUCCAGGGGGCGUUAAAAGCAGUGGAGACAUGGUUGCAGGAUGUUGAGGGAACUUUGGAGAAACUUGAGAACACAGAAGGGAAUAAAAAAGAGGUGGAAGAUAAACUUGAGCGAGCACAGGAUAUCCUGCUUAUGAAGGGCGAGGGCGAGGUGAAGCUCAACAUGGCUGCGGGGAAGGCCGAGCUGAUCAUCAAGAGCAGCGGAGAGGUGGAUCAAGGAGUGAUCUGCUCAAAGCUCCAGGAAGCUGAAGAUGCUUGGGCCGCGCUGCUUCUGAGAGCCAUGAGCUGCCACAGUCGAUUGGAGUGGACCGUCAAUCAGUGGGAUUUAUUCGUGGAGUCUCGUGCACAGUUGCAUAGAUGGCUGGAAGAAGUUGGCCAGGAGGUCAAAGGACCCCUGGAGCCUCAGCUCGGUCUGCGCGAGAAACGAAAGCAACUGGAGAGACUGCGUCUGCUGUCAUCUGAUGUUGAGGACCACCAGGGAGCGCUGUGCUAUCUGGAGGAGAGUGCGACUGAACUUUACAAACGCACCGGAGACCCUGUCUUUAAGGAGGAAGAAAUGAUUGUCCUUAGGGCCCAGUUUGAAGAUGUCAAAGCUGCAGCCGAGGAGAGAGUCAGGCUAUCAGAGGAUGUUGUUCUUGAUCAUAAGAAGUACAUGGAAACAAUCAGAGAGCUCACUGAUUGGCUCAUGGUGGUAGGGGAGGAGCUUCAGCAAUGCUCUGACCCAUCUGGUCACUCUCCCACCUUAAGUCGGAAGUUGACUGAAGUCCGGGAGCUGCUGGAGCGCGGCGCGUGCGAGGGACGCGAGCGGCUGCGGCGCGUGCGGCUGAGCGCGGAGAGAGCCGGAAGGCACACGGCGGCGGCGGGCUGCGAGCUGAUGGAUGGAGAGGUGGCGGCUCUGGCUCGAGCCCUGCACCAGUGGGAGGGAGCAUCGCUACGAGCCCGCGACACCCUGGAGACGGCCGUGGCCGCGGCAACGGGGGCCGAGAGGGAGCAGACGCGGCUGACAGCGCAGUUGGAGGGAGAAAUGGAGAAGCUUGAGGCGCAGUUGAAAGAGUGGAGCGAGGGACUGAGCGGCGCGGAGCGGAGGAACAGCGGAGCUGCUGCGGUGGAGGGAUGGACGGUAGCCAAGGGUGUUUUGGAGGGGCUUCAGGCAGCCGAAGUUAUGGAAGAGAAGCUAAAAGCGCAGCUGAAUGAGCUGUGUGGGUUCUCCGGUGAUCUGGGUCCUCAGUCGGACAGGGUCAGCGCACUGAUCAAGCUACACAACAGUCUAAGCCUGCGAGCCUCACGGGAAUGUCAGAAUAAGGAGAAACUCCUAGAUCAACGUUUCCGCUCCUCUCUACACGACUUCCGGCAGUGGCUGGUCAAUGCCAAUAUCUCCACUGCCAAAUGCUUUGACUCUCCGCAUAGCAUCCAGGAUGCCUCUGCUUCUCUCCAGAGGAUCCAGGAGUUCAUGAGUGACAGGCAGCAGGGCCAGACCAGACUAAAUGCCGUCCUGACGUACGCGGAGCAGCAUAGCAGCGUGGUGGCUGCGGAGAGGGUGGAAGCCAUCGGGGCCAAAGCAAAUGCAGCCAAAGAUGAUUGGAGGAGCCUAAUGGAGAAUCUACAGAGGAGAGAGACGGCCUUACAGGUUCUGCAGUCUCAGAUGGAGGACUUUGAAGCAAGCGUGGAACCCCUGCAAGACUGGCUGAACAGAACUGAGAUGAGCGUGCAGGAAAGCAGCUCACGCCUUCACGAUCUCCCAGCCAAGAGACAAGAGCUCGCCAAACUUCAGAGGUUGCUGGAAGAGAUGCGCUCCAGAGAGUCUGAACUGGCAGGGCUGAGAGAGAGAGCGCAUGGCCUCUGGGAUGGUCAGGGUGCUGGGAAGAGUUUUGUGCAUCGAGUUUGUCAGCUAGCUGCAUGCUACUUGGCCCUGAGCAACCUGAUUAAGGAGAAGGUGUCCAGGGUAGAACGAGUGGUGGGAGAGCAUCAGCUUUUCUCACAGGGCUUGCAGGAACUUCAGAACUGGGUUUCAGAGUCCCAGCAGGUACUAAAGAUCUGCAGAUCCCCUACAUCUGACAAGAGUGUCCUCAUUACCAGAAUGGGCCAGCUUGAGACUCUACUGACAGCUUGUCAGGGAAGAGAAAUCCAGUUGAAGAUGCUUAUUACUAAAGGGGAGUCUGUCCAGAGAAACACUUCAGCCGAGGGGGUACCAGUAGUUCGCAAGCAGAUCCAAGACCUCAAAGACUCCUGGGAUUCACUCUUGUCCUCUUCCAUACAAUGCAAAAGCCAGCUGGAAGGAGCAUUGUCACACUGGACCAGUUACCAGGAGGAUGUCAGUCAGUUUGAGAGCUGGAUGGAGCGAGUGGAAGAGAGUCUUGGCAACUCAGACAAACACUACGCCGAAAUGAGAGACAAGACUGCGAAUCUGGGCCGCGCCAAGCUCCUCUAUGAAGAAGUUCUCAGCCAUUCCAGCCCCUUACAGACGAUUGCAACCAAGGGUUCCAACAUGGCUGAACACACGGUCACCCAACAGGAGAUUCAGAAACUUAAUGAGAAAUAUGCAGCUAUUAAAGAUAAAGCCAAGGCAUCUGUCAGUAAGGCAGAAGAAUUGGUUCUGCUCCACCAAGAGUACCAGCGCGGACUACACAUGUUUGAAGACUGGCUAGAGCAAGAACAGAGCAGUCUGGCUCUUUUAUCACCACUGGAUGAAGAUAUCAGUUGUCUGGAGAAUACUUUGAAAGAACUACAGAUUCUCCAGUCUCAUUGUCCAAAGGGACAUAACUUGCUCAGCUCAGUUCUUGCGAGUCGAGAAAGGGUCGUUCCAUGGGGAGCUCCUCAAAUCGAGGAUCGGGCCCUGGAAACAGCACAGACAGAAUGGGAGGGGUACCAAGACCGGCUCGGAGAGACCAAAGUCCAGGUAGAGCAGGCCCUCGCAAGGGUUCAGCGACUAGAGGGUCUUUUUCAAAACCUGGACCAGUGGUUAGUAGACAUGGAGCUCAAAGUUAAAGUGAGAAGCCAUCGUCGCUCUGAUGUCACUGCAAAGGAGACCCAGCUACAGCAGUUGAAGCGAUGGCAGAUUGAAGUCGCUCAGCGUCAGGCUGAGGUGGAGGGCCUAAGCGCUCUUGCACAGCAGGUCGUAGAGGAUGCUCAUGUCAGUGGUCGGAUCAGUACCAGGGUUACACAACUCACUACGCGCUAUCAUGCUUUGCUACUACAGAUACAGGAGACCCUCAGACAACUCCAGGAGGAGACACAGAGCAUCACAGAGGCGCAGACUGCUUUCAGGACCUUCUCUGAUUGGCUGAGUGGCGCGAGGAAGAAUUUCAACAUUUUUACAGAGAAAAAUGAAGCCCUUGACCGCGUUACCAUGGAAAAGAAGUUGAAGAGGCUGGAGUCUCUACAGGGGGAUAUGGAUCACGGUCACAGCCUUCUCAAAACGCUUCGGGAACGUUCAGAGCAGGCGGUACCCUUCCUGGAUGACCCCGGAGCAUCAAAGCUGGAGAGGGAUGUGCAGACGGGCAGAUCGCAACUUGAAAAGCUUACGCUGGGGCUACAAGAAGAACACGCGACCCUAGAAAGGAGAAUUGUGCUUUAUAAAGAUUUUCAAGAACGUUACAAGAGUCAAAUGCAGUGGCUUAGGGAGACUCGUGGUCUGCUCAGCUCCACUGUCAAACCCAGAGCAGAACUAUACCAGAGAAAAGCACAGCUGACCAAGUACAAGGCCGUGGAGCAGAUGUUGCUGUCUCGUGAUUCAGCGGUGAGCUUCGUUCUAGAGAAGGGGGAAACCUUGCUGACGCUGCUGCACUCCCCGUCUAUCACAGACAAUUUGACCAGAUUACAGACAGACUAUCAGGAGCUGUGCUUCUCAGCACGGACCCACGUUCAAAGACUGGAGGGGCAGGUGAAGAAACAGGAAGCGUACCACAAAGAGCUUCAGGAAAUCGAGCGCUGGCUACUGCAGAUGUCCAGCAGGAUGGUGACACCCGACCCGUCAUCGAGCGGUGGUCUGGAAGCUGCCACUCAACAGCUGGCCACACAUAAGGCUAUUAUGGAGGAGAUUGCGGGCUUUGAGGAGCGUCUGGCUGCGCUGAAGGAUAAGGGAGAGGAGCUGUUGUCCGGCUGCAGCGAGCGCCUCCAGGCUCGACUUCGCCAGCAAAUUCAGAAUCACCAGCAGGGAGCAAAAGACAGCUACUCUGCCAUCUGCAGCACUGCCCAGCGUGUGUAUCAGAGUUUGGAUCGGGAACUGCAGAAGCAUGUCAGUGAGCGGGAUACUUUGCAGCAGUGUCAGACGUGGCUUACAAAUGUGCAGGAGGAGAUGCAACUUCCAGUGCAUGCACCACACUGCCUACAGGAGGCCCUGGCACAGAUGAAGCAGGAUCGAACUCUACAGGAGCAGGCUAGUACAUACUUGCAGCUGGUGUGCUCCACUUGUGAUCUGUCAGAUGCGAAGGUGCGAGAGACUGCCGCUGAGAUACAGCAGGUCAAACUUCAGAUCGAGGAGAAGAUGCUGGAAUCUCAAGAUCUUGCAGAUAGCUGGAAAGAGAUCAAGGACAUGCGUUCUAACCUCGAAUGUCGUCUCAUUGAGUCAGAACAACUCCUCCAGAGCAUGUUGAGAAGGCCAGCUGAGCUAGAGCCAAAAGUUGCCCAGAACCAACUGGACCAGGCACAGGACUUUAUUCAGGAGAUGCGAGCCAGGCAGGUUGAGCUGACCCAGUUGAGAGAAAGCAUUAAUAGGCUAACGGCUGGUCAGGAGUCCCCUGAGCUUCUGGAAGUUGGGCGUCUGCGCUGCGCUUGGCUGGAUCUGGGCAGACAGGCUGCGCAGCUGCUGGAGCAGAAAGAAGAGGAUCUGCAAAGGAGCGGGGACUAUCAUGACUGCAUUUGUAUGGUGGAGGAGUUGUUUGACCAGCUGUCCAAGAAAUGGGAUCAAUUAGCCAGGGGAGACAUUGAGAGCACCGCCGAAUGUCUUGAUGCCUUAAAGAAGUUAUCCACAGACCUACAGGACCAAAGAUGCGUUCUUGAUGACCUCAGAAAUAAUAGACAUGGGAUCCUACCUCGUCUGAGCUUGGAGGACAGAGACCUUGUAAAAGAGCAGGUGGGUUACCUGGAGCAACGGUGGACCCAGGUGGAAACACUCGUCCAACAGAAAAUCCAAGAUUCGACCCAAAUGCUACAAGAAUUCAGUCAAAUUGAGGACCAUCUGCGAGAGGCCCAAGAAUGGGCCGAGCUACAGCAGCCAUCCCUCUCUGAGGUGCUUAAGACCAGCCCCCCUCCAGAUUUGGCUCAAAGCUUUCUGUUUGAUCACUUGAGCUUCUGCGGAGAACUGGAGGCCAAGCAGAAGCUUGUGGCAGAGGCCAAGCAGAAGCUUGUGGCAGAGGCUGUGACUGAUGCCAACAGCCUGUCCUCACAUCUAGGUCUUCAUGAAAGACGUAAACUGCAGACGUUGGUCCAGGAAGCUCAGGCAGAGGUGGAAGCACUUGCAACUAAGGCAGCCCGAUAUCGUAAAAGCCUCAGUAAGGUGUUUACAGAACGGACACAGUUCCUCCAAGCCCUCGAUAGGGCAACUGAAUGGAUCAAAAAGCAGGAGCAAAGGGCACUUGCUGGCGAUCAUGUGGCACUUUUACCAAUCGUACUGAACAAGCAGGUGUCCACCUGUAAGAAUUUUACCAGCAGCCUAAGAGCGUAUCAGGUAGAGCUGACAUCACUUUGGACACAGGGAAGGGAAUUGGUGAAGGAUGCUACAGAGGAGGAAAAGAAGGAGACCCUUCAGAAGCUGGAGGAGUUACAAGUCAUUUUUGACAGUUCCUUGCAAAAGAGCAAUGAACAUCUACAACAUAUGGAGAAAGCCCUGGUUAUCCGGAAGUACUUUCAAGUGGACUUGGAUAGGAUGUGUGAAUGGCUAAAACAGGCAGAAGUAGCCACAUUUCCAAUUAUUGAUCUGAGCGGGAAUGAUGACGCCCUUCAGAACCUUUUGACCAAGUAUCAGAAGCUCCUAGAUUGUGCUUCGGAGUAUGAGAACCUUUUGCUCAUUGUCCAGAGGGCAGGACAGGAGAUUCUUCCCACCUUAAAUGAGGUGGACCACUGCUACCUUGAUGAGAAACUCAAUGGUCUUCCGCAACAGUACAAUGACAUGCUGUUGUUGAUCAGAGAGAAACGCUAUAGGAUUCAACAAGUGCUUGUGGAGCGGAGGGAGUUCGAAUCCCUCAUCGAUGUAACACGAAAAGCUUUGAAAGAACUCCAGGAGAAGUGUGAUGCUUUGGAGAAUGAGUCAGCAAAUCAAAGUCUUGAAGAGGGAAAAAAGUUGCAUAGCAGUUAUGAAGAUCUCCUGAAAGGUCUUGCAAACCUCUUUCAGGGAUUAAAAGAUUUUAGGGGUAAAACUCAGAAUUUUCUUAGCAUGGGUCAGCCGUAUACACCUGAAGUCAUUGACCAGCUAGUUGACCUUCACAGCAAACUCAACCAGCAGAUUGAAUAUAAAAUUAAAGAAUUACAGAAAACAUUAAAAUUAUUAGACAAUCAUAGAGGAAUUGUUGAAAAAAUGGAUAAUAGCAUCACCACAUUGAAGGAACAGCUUGACAACCUUGACUCGGAGGUGGAAUCGGAUGCCAUGGAGAGAUUAUCAACACUUUUCAACCUAUCAAAAAUUCUUGAAGAAAUUCAUUCCUAUCCAGAGGGUCUCAUAGUACAAACAGAAGACCUCAACCAACACUUGCACUCAGAGACCCUUAAGACUCAGGUUAUUUUCAGAGAGGAACAACUUCUUACCUUAAAGCAAAGACUUGAUACACACAUUAAAGACUGUGAGAAGUGUUUUAUGGUAAAUAAGGAUUUUCAAACUGAUAUGAGAGUAUCAAUAGACUGGCUUAGGAAUCUUAGGGAUCGACUAAAAAGUCCUUCAAUGUUUAAAGAAGCAAAAAUCGAGCUUGUGCAGGAGGAGGUCAGGUCUCUUUUGACACUUCAAGAAGAAAUGAAAUCUAGGCUUAGGGUGUUGGAUGCUGUAACUUGUGAGGAGAAACAGAAGUACAUCAAUAAUCAACACCCAAUUCCCAAAUUCUUGGAAACUGCUUUGAAGGAUAUUGCAGAACUGAAGGCUGACAUUCAACAAGCUUUUAAUACCAAACAGGUGGCGUUGCAGUCCUUUCUGUUCCUGCUUCAGAAGUACCAACAUGCCUUGCAGUGUAACCAGCAGUGGUUUGAGGAUGCCGGUGCUCUGCAAGAGCAGGUCCCUUGUGAAGUCGACCUGGAGAAACUCCCAAACUGUCUCAAUGACUUAGAAAAACUGAUAGCAAAGGAACAGACUGUGAAGAACAUGGUCGAGGAAAUGCAGGCUCUAAUCCUUCAAAUGAAUGACUUUUUGAGCCCUACUGUAUUGAAACAAAUCCAGACAUAUUUUGAGGAGUCUCAUCACAAGGCCAGAGAGAUCCUUGAGCAGCUAAAACAUCGUCAAGACUGCUUACAACGAUGCAUAGCUCAGUCGAGGUCCAUCCAGGAAGAGAUAGAUGAAGUUAUAAAGCAGAUGAGCGAAGUUGGGAAGAGGAUGCAAGAGUUUAGGACGGCCAAUGCAAACUGUGUACAGGAGGCUGAAGACAAGCUCUGUUUGUACCAGGAAAUUGUGUCACAGGUUGAUGGUUUUGAGGACACACUGAACAGACUGAAAACUCAAGAAACACAGUUUGAUCAGCUUGCCAUAAAUGACACUGUUUCUCAGUCAGUUUGUUCAUUAGGACACCGGUGGACUCGUCUGUGUAGUGUUGCUAAAGCUCAGGAAAAAAUCCUGAAGGAUUCUGCACAUAACUGGAGAUGCACCAUUGAGAAGCUGGAGAAAAUGCGAACUGUGUCUGAGGACCUGCACAGCCGUGUUCCUGACAGCAUGGUGGAAAAAGCCUCCAGCAUGGCCUCCCUGCAGAGUCUGCUGGAAUAUCAUGACUCCUUUAGCAGAGAGGUGGAGAGAGAGAGCAGCGCCCUGACCCUCCUCAGACACCGUGUGCUCAGCCUCUUCCUCCAUCCUCACGCCACACCCAACCAACAUGACCAAGAUACUCCUUGUCUGCAAGAGAUUCAGAGCAUCCAGGAGAAAUAUGACAAUCUGUUGCAGCAGGUGUGUGCCAGCAGACAGCAGGUGCAGGUAGAGCUGCUGGAGCGAGAGGAGGUGGUGAGGGAGCUGGGACUGCUGAAGGGUUGGAUUCAGGACACUCAGGGCCUGCUACUGAGCCCCACUGCAGACCUGGAUACACUAUUCACUGACCUGGAGUCGGCUCAUGAAGGCAUGCAGUCUCACCGGCAGACCCUGGAGCAGAUUGCAGAUCGUCAGCAGAUAAAAUACCAAGACCUCCAUGCUACCCUUCCUUCUGAGAUCACCACCCAGCUGGCAGAGGUCACACUGGCACUGGGUUCAGCAGAAGAUCAGGUGCAGGCACGGGAGAGAGAAGUCCAGCACAGCAGAGAUAUUAAAGAAGACAUCAACUCCAGACUUCAGGAUAUCGCAAAGAAAGUCAAGCUCAUUUCUCUGAAACUCAAGGAGAAGGCUGUGGAUGUUGAGGAGGCUAAAGAGGAGACGGAAACACUUUUUGAGGAGUUGCAGGAGUGUGGUCGUGCCCUGUCGGAGCUGGAUGUUGCGGUGCAGGAGUUUGGGGAGCAGAAUCCUCUGCUGGCCAAGCAGCUAAGCUUCAGCCUCAGCAAACUGCAUGAGCUUCACGUUCAGAUCAGCAGGCUGGCAGAGGAAAAGACCACGGGCCUUCUGAAGGCAGAGAAAAACUUUGAAGAAUUCAACGAAAUGCUGACGUUAACACUCAACUGGACUGAGAAAGCAGAGACUGUGGUCUCAGCCAACCUCAUGUGGAGUCCAGCCGCUCAGAUGCAGGAGCAAAUCAGAACCCACCAGGCUUUAUUGCAGGAGUGGCAAGAGCUUCAGGGAGAGUUUGAGGGUCUGGUGGAGAGGGUGGGACUGCUGGGAGAAGUCAUCCAGACAGAUGCUCUUCACCAGCAGGUGGCAGAACUGAGCCGACAUGCUGAAGAGCUGCAGCAGACAGCCAAAACAAGACUACUGACCCUACAGGACGCAGCCAAAGACCUGGGGAGACUGGAAAGUGAUGUAAAAAGCCUCCAUCAGUCUUUAGAGAGAGUCCAGGAGACACUGGUCUCCCCUGAUCUGGCUCGCCUCAGCCUCAGGGAACAGCUGGCUCAGAGACAGAUUCUGUUGUCUGAGAUGGAGGGUCUCAAGCAGCAGGUGCAAGCCAUGCAGAUGUGUCAGAGCGCCCUCCGGCUGCCAGAGGAGGUCAUGGCAACAUUACCGCUCUGUGUUACUGCGCAAAGUCUGCAGCAAGAAAGCAGUCAUCUCCAACACAACACGAUUCAACAGUGCAAUAUACUACAGGAGGCCAUGGUGCAGUAUGAGCAGUAUGAACAGGAAGUGAAGAACCUACAGAGACUUAUUGAGGAGGCACAUCGCGUUAUUCAGGACCGUCCUGUUGCCACAGGAAACAUACAGGAGCUUCAAACACAGAUACAACAUCAUGAGGAACUGGCCCAGAAGAUAAAGGGCUACCAGGAGCAGAUCUCGGCCUUGAACUCCAAGUGCAAGAUGUUGACCGUAAAAGCCAAACAUGCUACCAUGCUGCUGAUGGUCAGCGAGGUUGACGGCCUCUCCGACGGCUUGGAAGAGCUGGAGGAUGAGGAGGAGGAGAUGCCCAAACACCCACCCGCACACCCCUCUGUUGUCAUGAUGACAGCCGGCCGUUGUCAUACUCUCCUCUCCCCGGUAACAGAGGAGUCUGGUGAGGAAGGCACCAACAGUGAGGUCUCCUCUCCCCCGGCCUGCAGAUCCCCCUCACCCGGGCCUAACACUGACACUUCUCAGAUUUCAGGUCGAGCCCCUCUAAGCAGAGCUCCUCUACAGGAGCUGUAUGACCCAUCCAUGGAGUCGUCGGCCUCGGCUAACCUGGACGACCUUCAGCGCUCAUGGGAGACUUUGAAGAAUGUGAUCAGUGAGAAGCAGAGGAGUCUUUAUGAAGCUCUGGAGAGACAGCAGCAUUAUCAGGAGACCCUGCAGUCUGUCUCGACAAAGAUGGAGUCCAUCGAGACGGCACUAAAUGAGGGGUUAGAGCCAAGCAAGAGCCCAGAGAGCCAGAUGGCCGCCCACCAGGCUCUGAUGGAUGAGAUCCUGAUGCUUCAAGAUGAGAUCAGUGCGAUACAGGCCUCUUUUUCUCAGGAGCUGCAGAUGGAUGAGGAGAGUUUAGAGGCAGAUACUGGAGACCAGCUGGCCCUGCAGUCUACUCUCACUGUACUGGGAGAGCGGAUGGCAACCAUCCACAUGAAGGCCUCCGGCAAGCGUCAGCUUCUGGAGGAGCGCUUGAGUGAGCAGUUAGAGGAACAGCGGCAGGAACAAGCGCUGCAGCGUUACCAUAGCGAAGCAGAGGAGCUUGACAACUGGCUGCUGAGCACACGAGCCACACUAAGCUCCACCCUACAGCCACACCCACAGGAUAUGGACAUGGAGGAGCAGCUGAUUGACUGCCAGAACAUGUUACUGGAGAUCGAGCAGAAGGUGUUGUGUCUAUCUGAGCUGUCAGUACACAGUGAGAGUUUACUCAUGGAGGGGAAAGCCGGUACACGGAGCGACGCUGAGCAGCUUUCCUUCAAACUGUAUAGCCUUAAAUCCAGCCUGCUGGAGCUACAGAGAAUCUUACAGGACAAACAGACCCACAUACAGGGGUCACUACAGGAGCAGGAGGAUAUUGAAUCAGACUCGUCUCUGUCUCAGAGCCCCAAUAUGAUGGACUGGCUCAGUCAAGCACGAUCCACACGCAACCAGCAGCACCAAGACACAGUCCAAAGACAGAAGGAGUUGGAGGAGCAGCUUGGCGAACAGAAGAAGUUACUCCAGUCUGUAGCAUGUAGAGGAGAGGAGAUUCUCUCAAAGAGAACAACAUCGAAUGGAGAGAGUUCUCCCACAGAUCAUUCAGAACUGGAUGAUGAUCACUGGCCUGAGAACAUGAGCUCAAAGGAUCAGAUGAGAGUCAGAUGGGAGAACAUGAGCAAAGACCUCAACAACAAACUCCAGCUGUCACUCAACACGAUGGAGCAGGUGACGUGUAACACGGUGUACCAGCCAGUGUCCAGCCCUUGUGGGGUUUUCAGAGGUGAGCCAAGGACACAGGACAUCCUGUCACCCAGAAGUCUGUUUGAAGGAUUCAACCAAGAGUUGGAGGACCUGCCUCAGGAAGGGGGCGCUGACAGUAAGCGUGUUCAUGCUCUCGAGAAGGUUCUUUAUGAGGCUGUGUCAUCAGCUUCCUCAUGGCUGGACGGUGCUGAGAAUGAGCUCGUAUCUGGUCCAAUGCUACUAUCCGAUGACUCAGAAACUCACCUGGGCCAUUUAGAGGGUUUGAGUAAGGAAGUAAAGAAUAUCAACGAGGAGGUGUGUAGGUGUCUAGAGGUGCUUGGAGGAAAAGAGCGGCUGUGGGAUGAAGGUGAAGGAGAUGUUUUAGUUGAGGAGGUGUUAGAUGGUUUAGAGGGAAGACUGAAGCUGAUGGAGUCAGUGUUGGAGCAGCGAUGUGACAAUAUGAAAGAAAAGCUGCAGGAACUUAACGUGUUCCAGACCGAUUUGAGGCUCCUGCUCACUGCGCUCAGCGAUUCAAAGUUCCAGCUUUCACAGAAAAUGAAUGCAGCGAUGGAUCGGCCCGCCUCCAAACAGAUGGAGAUUCUAGCUGAAGCGGAGGACAGUCUGAGGGAGUUUGAGCAGAAAGUUUCUGAGAUGAAAAGUAGAGGAGAGACACUGCAGCCCAACCAGCUGUGCACUCAAGAGCUGCUGAAACUACAGGAUGCUUAUGAAGAGCUGGUGGAGAUGGUGGGCUCCAAGCGAAGCGGUCUAAACCAGACGUUGGUUCUAAAGGCUCAGUACGAGAGAGCCCUGCAGGACCUGAUAGAUCUGGUAGACACAGCCCAGGACAAAAUGGCAGCAGAUCAGAAGAUGAAAGUGAGCUCUGUGAUCGAGGUUCAGAUCCUUUUAGAUAAACACAAGGAGUUUUUCCAGGGGUUGGAGACACAUGUCGUGCUGACACAGGCCUUCUUCAGGCAGGUCAGUGGGUUGGUGGUGCAAAGAGAGGUUCAAAGCCUUGAUGAAACUGUCGCCCAGGCUCAGGCUGUACUUAAACAGGCCCAUAAGCGAGGAGUGGAGCUGGAGAGCAUCCUGGAGUGGUGGAGCAAUUUGGUGGCUGAUUAUAAGGCCCUGUACAAGCAGCUGGAGGCCGUCGAGAGUGGCAUCCCCAAUGUGGGGCUGGUGGAAGAGACAGAAGACAGAAUGAGAGAGAGAAUCACUCUGUACCAGUGUCUGAAGUCCAGUCUGUCUGAGCGGCAGCAGCAGUUGUACAAGUUGUUGGAUGAUGAAAAGAGGCUUCUCUUACAUGUGUCCUGCUCAGAACUGGAGACUCAACUCAACCAGCUGGGUGACCACUGGCUCAGUACCACAACUAAGAUUAAUAAAGAGCUACAGCGUCUGGACUCCACCCUCAAACAUUGGAUCAGGUACCAAAGUGAGUCGGCUGAGCUUAGGCAGUGGCUGAGUUCAGCACUAGAACGUCUGGAGUUCUGGAGCACUCAGUCUGUUACAGUACCUCAAGAGCUGGAAACUGUAAGAGAUCAUCUUCAUGCAUUCCUGGAGUUCUCCAAAGAGGUGGAUGCCAAGUCGUCUUUGCGUGCCUCGGUUCAGAGCCAAGGAAACCAGCUUCUCCGGUUAAAGAAAGUGGACACGGCAACACUCAGGGCGAACUUGGCCCAGAUAGAAACGCAAUGGGCUGAUCUUCUCACACGUAUCCCAGUGGUCCAGGAGAAGCUCCACCAGCUGCAGAUGGAGAAGCUACCGUCCCGUCAUGCAAUAACUGAACUCAUGAGCUGGAUAUAUCUCAUGGAGAACAUUAUCAAAGAAGAUGAACAGAAGAUCAUGGGGGCAGUGGGAUCAGAGGUUGUGCAAAUGUAUCUUCAGAAAUACAAGGGUUUUCGGAUUGACCUGUCCUGCAAGCAGCUGACGGUGGACUUUGUGAAUCAGUCGGUUCUGCAGAUCAGCAGUCAGGAUGUGGAAGGGAAGCGCAGUGACAAAACAGACUUUGCUGAACGUCUUGGGGCCAUGAACCGGCGCUGGCAUAUAUUGCAGGGACUUGUUACAGAAAAGAUUCAGGUUUUAGAGGGUCUUCUUGGAAGCUGGUUGGAGUAUGAAAGCGUGGUCCAGACCUUGAAAACUUGGUUCAGUGUACAAGAAGAGAAACUGAAAAAGAAACACAGGAUUGAAGAUGUUUCCUCAGCCCAGAAUGCACUCAAGGACUGUCAGGAAAUGGAAGUGUUAGUUAAAGAGAAAGAGAAGGAUCUGGAGAAGGCUGAAGAGAAAGGAUGCUUACUAAUCCAAGACAAGAAAGGGGAGACCGGCUCUGUCAUUAUGGAGACUAUAAAAAGGCUCAACCAGUCCUGGGCCAAUCUAGAUCACAUGGUCGGGCAGCAGACGGUCAGUCUUAGGGCUAUCCUGGAGCAGUGGAGUGUGUAUAAACAAGCGUACGAUGAGAUUCAGGGUUACCUGAUGGAGGGGCGUUACACUAUUUCUCGCCUGCGCCUCCUCACCGGCUCCCCAGAGGCUGUGCAGGUUCAAGUGGAGAAUCUUGAGAGUUUACAAGAUGAGUUUGAGAAACAGGAAAGCAGUUUACGAAAAUUCGGCUGCAUAACACAACAGCUGUUAAAGGACUGCCAUCCAUCAGUGACUGAAUCACUCAACACAGCACUUGGUGAUGUCAACCUCAGGUGGAACACACUACUGGAGCAGAUCUCAGAUCAGCUGAGGAGCAGUAAAAACCUUCUGCAGCUGUGGCAGCAUUAUAAAGCUCUUCAUGCUCAAAGCAACACCGACAUCCAGAAACUAGAGGAACAGGUGGAACAUCUACUGAAGAGCGCCACCAACAGGGACAUCACUGAACAGGAGGUGAAGAUCUGGUUGCAUCAAUGCAUGGAGCUGAUGAAGGCUGAGGGAUCCUCAGAGUCUGUCCUCCAGCAGCUGAACACGUUUGCAGGGCAGCUGAGACAGCAGGUGGACCCCUCUGCCAUGACAACCUUCCAUACAGACCACCUGUCACUCACUGAGCGCUUGGCAACGGUUGGACACGCCCUCCAAAGACAGCAGUCUCUUUUAGAGGCGGGGUUUAAGGACUAUGAGAGGUUUAAUGAGGAGUUAUAUUCUCUGAGUCACUGGGCAGAAGAAGCAGAGAAGGUUCUGAAGGAGCCAGACCCAGCUGAAUCCCCUGAUAUAUUAACUGUGCAGGAACACAUGGAAAAACUUAAGAGCCAAAUGUUGAAGCUGAGCAGUCUUUCUCCUGAUCUGGAACGCUUGAAUCAGUCAGGUUAUCAGCUUCCCCUCAAUGAUAAUGAAAUCAAGCAACUUCAGAACCUCAACAGGAGCUGGUCUUCUAACUCUGCACGUACAAUAGAGAGAUUCAGUAAACUCCAAGCCCUGGUCCUGCAAAGACAGACCUACUUGGAGAAGUGUGAUGCUUGGUUAAGCUUCCUCGGUCAAACCGAGGAGAAGCUGGGCGCUGAGAUUUCUGGGAACUACCAGAGCUUGUUAGAACAGCAGAGAGAACAUGAGUUGUUCCAAGCAGAAAUGUUCAGUCGACAACAGAUUCUCUCCUCUAUCAUCAGUGAUGGACAUCAGCUAUUAAAUGAGGGACAGGUGGAAGACAGGGAUGACUUUGGUCUGAAACUUGCACUGCUUAGUAACCAGUGGCAAGGUGUGGUGAGGCGGGCCCAGCAAAGACGUGGGAUUAUUGACAGUCUUGUUCGCCAAUGGCAGCGAUAUACAGAGCUGAUAGGAAAGCUACGUCAUUGGCUGCAAGAGAUAUCAGUUGAAUCAGAAGAUCAACAGCAGGGUUCAACGGUCGCACUACAGCAGAUCCGAGGAUUGUUAGAUCACAUACAGCUGAAGGAGCGUGUGCUUCAGAGGCAACAGGGCAGCUAUAUCUUAACAGUUGAGGCUGGGAGGCAGUUACUCCUGUGGGCAGAUGCCAAGGCGGAGGCCUUACUUCACACUGACCUCACUGAUGUACAGGAGUGCUGGAGGAUCGCUAACAUUCGCCUCGAUGAGAGAAAGAAAGAACUGCUGUCUUUGCUAAGAGACUGGGAGCAGUGUGAGAAAGGUAUUGCCUCAUCACACGAGAAGCUGAGAGAUUUUAAGCAGAAGCUCUCUGUGCCUUUACCCGAUCACCAUGAGGACCUGCACACCGAACAGAUCCGCUGCAAGGAGCUAGAGGGCAGUAUUGAAGGCUGGGCUGAUGAUGUAGCCGGGCUGUUUAUACUGAGAGAGUCUCUCUCCACUGGCCUCAGUGCUGAUGACCUCACAGUCUUACAGGAGAGACUGGCAUUACUGCAGAGACAGUGGGAGGAGACCUGUCACCAGCUGUGUCUGCGCAGACAGCAGGUCAGUGAGAGACUAAACGAAUGGGCCUUGUUCAAUGAGAAGAAUAAAGAGCUGUGCGAGUGGCUCACCCACAUGGAGAGCAAGGUCUCGCAGAACGGAGACAUCAGGAUUGAGGAGAUGAUCGAGAAACUCAGAAAGGACUAUCAAGAAGAGAUCUCAGUGGCCAAGGAGAACAAGCAUCAGCUGGAGCAGAUGGGGGAGAGACUGGCUCAGGCCAGCCAUGAAAGCAAAGCUGCAGAAAUCCAAUACAAACUCAGCAAAGUCAAUGAGCGCUGGCAGCAUCUUCUUGACCUCAUAGCAGCUCGGGUAAAGAAGUUAAAGGAGACUCUGGUGGCCGUGCAGCAGCUAGAUAAGAACAUGAGCAGUCUGCGCUCCUGGCUGGCACACAUCGAGACUGAACUCUCACGGCCCAUCGUCUAUGAGACCUGCGACUCUCAUGAGAUCCAAAGAAAACUCUACCAGCAGCAGGAUCUGCAGAGGGACAUUGAGAAGCACAGCACAGGUGUGGCGUCUGUGCUGAAUCUGUGUGAGGUGUUAUUGCACGACUGUGAUGCCUGUGCCACAGAGAUGGACUGUGAAUCCAUCCAGCAAGCCACACGUGACCUGGACCGGCGCUGGAGGAACAUCUGUGCAAACGCCAUGGAGAGGAGGCUCAAAAUUGAGGAGACGUGGAGAUUGUGGCAGAAGUUUCUGGAUGAUUACUCUCGUUUCGAAGAGUGGCUGAAGGUGUCUGAAAGGACAGCGGCUCUGCCCAACUCCUCUGGGGUGCUGUACACCGUCGCUAAAGAAGAGCUCAAGAAGUUUGAGGCAUUUCAGAGACAGGUGCAGGAGUGUCUGACCCAGCUGGAGCUCAUCAAUAAGCAGUACAGACGACUGGCUCGUGAGAACCGCACAGAUUCAUCCUGCCGACUACGACAAAUGGUGCACGAUGGGAACCGACGCUGGGACAUUCUACAAAGAAGAGUAGCCGCCAUCUUGCGCAGACUUAAGCAUUUCAUCAGUCAGCGAGAGGAGUUUGAGACAGCCAGAGAUGGUAUUCUGGUUUGGUUGACUGAAAUGGACCUGCAGCUCACUAACAUAGAGCAUUUCUCAGAGUGUGACGUUCAGGCCAAGAUCAAACAACUAAAGGCAUUCCAGCAGGAGAUCAGUCUGAACAUGGGGAAGAUGGAGAGCGUGUUUGGUCAGGGUGAGGUGCUGAUGGAGAAAAGUGAACCUCUAGAUGCUGCUGUCAUAGAGGAGGAGCUGGAUGAGCUGCAGAGAUACUGUAAGGAGGUGUUUGGUCGGGUGGAGCGCUACUACAAGAAACUCACACGCCUGCCGCUGGCCGAUGACGAGUGUGACAGCUCAGAUCAGGAGUUCGAGUCAGGUGACCUUCAGUGGGCUGAGGAUGCCAUCCCUCAUUCAUCCAGCAGACCACCCUCAGCUACCACCACUCCUGCCCGCAUGAACGGCUCAGGACGGGACACUCCCGCCAGCGUAGAUUCCAUCCCGCUGGAAUGGGACCACGACUAUGAUCUUGACCCCAUGGGCCAUAAUAUGUCUGGAGAACAGGGAGGACAAAACAAAGAUGAGGAUGAAGAGUUAUUGUGUAUCACCACUUCAGCUCUUUCAGACGUAGUGAUUCCUGAGAGCCCCGAGGCUUAUAUAAAAAUAACAGAAAACACAUUGAGGUCCUCCUCUGGUGAAACAGCCCGAUUAUUAAAUAAUAUGCUGGACACCAACCGUUACAGUCACCAGCAGACAGAUGGCGCUAUGUGUGGCCAUGACACCUCCUACAUGGGAUAUAUGCGGUUAAUGGAUGACUGCCGGGGUAGUCUGAAGGAGGUAAAGAGGAUUGAAGGAGAGCUGGAGGAGGAUGAUGACAAUCUGUCCGGAAUCAGCAACCCUGAUAACUCAGAAACACAGAGCACAGGUGUGAUUGAGCGUUGGGAGCUGAUCCAGGCCCAGACUGCCGACGCAGAUCACAGACAGACAGAAGACCUGAUGCUAUGGCAACAGCUGACUUCUGACCUGAGUGCCAUGGAGGCGUGGCUCUGCCAAGCUGAGGCGGAGUUAGCAUAGCUGAGGGGGAGAGAUCUCAGCACAGAGAUACAUACUAUUGAAGGGAGAAUUCGAAAAUUAAAGGACCUGCUGAAGGCCAUGGAUUCCCAGAAAUCUAAAGUUUUGUCCAUCAACUUAAGUAGCGUUGCACUCCUUCAGUCAGAAUCUAAGGAGGGCCGGGACCUGAAAUCCAGACU